AUGAGCUCCCCUGGCACGGAGGGGGCGGGAAAGCCCUUGCAGUACCGCGUGGACCACCUGCUGAGCGCCGUGGAGAGCGAGCUGCAGGCAGGCAGCGAGAAGGGGGACCCCACGGAGCGGGAGCUGCGGGUCACGCUGGAGGACAACGACCUGUGGCUGCGCUUCAAGGAGCUCACCAACGAGAUGAUCGUCACCAAAAACGGCAGGGCGCCCGUCUCUUUCAGCAAAGUCAAACUCACCAACAAGCUCAACGGCGGUGGGCAGAUCAUGUUGAACUCUCUACACAAGUAUGAGCCAAGGAUUCACAUUGUGCGAGUGGGUGGCCCACAGCGGAUGAUCACCAGCCAUUCCUUCCCGGAGACCCAGUUCAUAGCUGUGACGGCCUACCAGAACGAGGAGAUCACAGCUUUAAAGAUUAAAUACAAUCCAUUUGCAAAGGCAUUUCUUGAUGCAAAAGAAAGAAGUGAUCACAAAGACAUGAUGGAGGAAGUGGGAGACAACCAACAGUCUGGGUAUUCGCAGUUAGGCAGUUGGCUUAUUCCUGGGACUGGGACUCUGUGCCCACCUGCCAAUCCUCACCCUCAGUUCGGAGCCCCCCUGUCACUCUCCCCUGCUCACAGCUGUGAAAGGUAUUCAUCGCUGAGGAACCACCGUCCUGCCCCCUACCCCAACCCCUACACCCAUAGAAACAACUCGCCAACAGCCUAUGCCGAUAACUCCUCUGCCUGCCUUUCCAUGCUGCAGUCCCAUGACAACUGGUCUUCUCUAGGAGUUCCCACACACACGACGAUGCUGCCUGUGAGUCACAGCACUGGCACAGCUACCAGCUCCAGCCAGUAUCCCAACUUAUGGUCCGUGAGUAACAGCACCAUCACGCCGGUGUCUCAAUCAAGCGGCAUGUCCAAUGGCCUGAGCUCCCAGUUUCUCCGCAGCUCUCCAGCGCACUACACCACCCUCCCACACCCAAUCCCGGCCACCUCCUCAGCAUCCCCCCUGUAUGACGGUGGGGCACCCACGGACCUGCCCGACAGCCAGUACGAUGCCUCUGCACAUGCCAGGCUCACAUCCACAUGGACGCCUGUUACCCCUCCUUCCAUGUAA